CAAACUAUGAGAUUCCGGUGUUUUGAAUAGCCACAUGUCAAAUGUCAAAACAAUUCCUUUUAAAAAAGUGUAAAAAUAUAUAAAUAUAUAGUAGAAAAAUAAGUAAAUAUUUAUAAAAACAACUUUUAUAAGUAGACAUUUAAAUAAAAUAAAAGAAAGAUGUCAAAAUUAAUUCAGUACGUUAUAGUUCGUAGUGAUUUAUCAAAAAACAUGCAAUGGCCACUUGGUGCAGUGAUAGCACAAUCCUGUCAUGCAUGUGCUGCUGUUAUACAUAAUUUUUAUAACGAUGAAUACACUCAACAAUAUUUAGCAGAUUUAGACAAUAUGCACAAAGUUGUACUUGAGGUUACUGAUGAAAGUAGUUUGAAUGAUGUGCAUAAAAAAUUACAAGAAAAUAAUAUUGACCAUAAACUUUGGAUUGAGCAACCAGAAAAUAUACCAACCUGUUUAGUUACUAAACCAUAUCCAAAGGAAGAAAUUCAUAAAUAUGUUAAAAAAUUGAAACUUUUACAAUAGUUACAAUACAAACAUAUGUAUAUAUCAGUCUUGCACAUGGACAGUCAUUGAAAAAAAAUGAUAAUAUAUUUUAAAUAAACUAUAUAUAUUUGCUAUAAAAUUAUAUUUCUUAUCAUAAUGAUAAGCAAAUACUAUAGAAUACUUACAAAGCUCUCCAUAGAAUACAGUGAACUUUUUAUUUCUCUUUUUUUAUGAAUAAAGUAUUUGAAUAUAUCUUAUUCAUUUAUGUGGCACGUGUAUACAUAAAUUGUUUAUUGUUGUUUUGUUCUAAAUUAUGUAUUGCUUUAAAAAAGCAAAAAAGGCGUCAGCAUUUUGGUAUUUUGAUGAAACAUAUUAUGUGGACCUAUUUUCUAAAUCAAAAAACAGUCUUUCUUAUACAAUUUCCAUAUCACAAGUUUGGCAAAUGUACGAUUGAUAUUUUUCUUUCUCUUUUUUGAUAAAAGAUGUAUUUAUCUUAUAAUAUUUAAAACCUGUACAACAUUUAAGGUUUCAGUCCCCAGAGAAAAGAUUCCAUGAAUUAAAGAAAAUUAAUCUUUUAAAAUUAUUUUAGUUUGAUUUGCAAAAGAAAUCAGAAACAAUAAUUCUUUUAAUUAAUAAAUUUGUUUGAUUUCUUAUUUUUAUUAUUAAUGAAAAACAAAAAAGUUCUCUUAGAACAAUAACUUUUUAUUUGAUGAACAAUUUUUAAAAAUAUGUUUUACAAAAAAUAAAAAAAAAAACUGCACAAAAUUGAAAGUACGUCAUUAAACAUUUUUAUAAUUUUGAUUAAAAUUUUUUAACUUUAAAAUUCCACUGAAAAACAUUUUUUACGAAGUUUAGUAUCUUUUUUUUAAAGUAUCAAUUAAUAUUAGUAAUCAAAUUUUAAUAAAAAAAUUUUCACACAAAAACACAAUUUAAUUGCCAAUAUUAUUAAAAAUUCAUUAAUAUCUUUAUAUUAUGUGGUAAAUGAAAAAUGUAUUUUUUAUUUGUUUUUUUAUAUGCUUUUUAUUUUAAUUUAAUAAAUAAAUUCAUUAUUAGUUUUCAAUCGUUUUCUUUCUAAAUAAAUUGUAAAAUGUUUUCUUUAAUUAAUUAAUAUUUUUCUCUGGGUAUAUAAUGUAUAACGAUGCAAAUCUAUUUAAUGAAGAAUAGUAACCAGUAAAAAUUAUAUUAAAUAUAGUAAUAUAUAUAUAUAUUAUUAUAUAUGCUUAUAAAAUAUAUAGAUUAUUGUAUAAAAGAUUAAUUUAAAAGAUGUAUAAUUCACUCUUGAUAAUUCAUUAUUGAAUAAGUUAUUUCAAUUAUGGACGAAUUUCAGUUUUGAUUAUUUUAUUGAAUAAAAUUGGGCGGAGUGUAAAAAAUUAAAAAAAAUAGAUAUAAA